GAAAACAGGCCUUUGCAUUUAUUUAUUAGAAAAUGAAAAAUAUAGUAAAAGUUAUUUAAUUCCACGCCACACAGUAUUUCGUCGUGAAAAUAUACUUAUUGAUCAUUAAUAAUACGUAAUUAUUAAUAAAUUUAUCUUUCGUAGUGUUAAUAGUGAAAAUAUAGUGAUAUUUACAAAGUAACCAAGUUACUGUAAUAGUUUUAAUAUGGAAGGUGUAGGAGCUGAAGUUAGCCAAAAAAUCAGAUCUGCAAUCAAGGCAAAAUUCAAAGAAAUUGGGCUUCACGUUGAUGAGGAGUUGCCGGACUAUGUUAUGGUCAUGGUGGCCAAUAAACGCAGCAAGGAGGAGAUGGAUGAAGAUCUCCAGCUGUUCUUAGGCAAACACACGUCACUAUUUACAACUUGGCUGCAUCAGGUGCUGCAGAAACUUCAGGCGAUCACUGUUAAAAAGCUCGAUGGCCAACCUAGGACGGAGGUGGAACAGCUAGUAGGCAUAGAACUAUAUGAAAUAAGGCAGAAAGGAAUGAAGCGAAAGAUUGAUGAGGGUAAAUCAUCAGAUGAACCUAAAAAGAAGAAGAAGGUCAAACAGGGCUCAGACGAACGAGAAAUAAGCCUGAAGAAAAAGAUUAAAGAGGAACCUAAAGACAAAGAUGUUCCACUAAAGAGCAAAGAAGAUAAAAAAGGAAACAAAAAUGAUUCUGAAUCAGAUGAUGACAAAGAAGAAAACAGUCAUGAUGAAAAGUCAACCAAAAAGCAGAAAAGUUUGUCAAAAUCAUCUGCAAGUCCAGAUAGGCCUAGUGAUAUUGAUAAAAGUAAAAAGCAAAAGGAUGAUUCAAGGGAGUCUAGUCAUGAGAAGCAGCCAAAAAAAGGGGAAUGCUCAAAAGAUGGCAGGAGGAAAUCACUCAGCACUUCGAGCCAAGUGGAAGAUAUUGACGAUGAGGAUUGUAUUAAUAUCCGGACUGAUGGAGAACUGCUGGACACAACAGAGGACGCACAUUUGGAAGAGUCUAAUAAGACACAUAAGAAAAAGGAGAAUUCCAAGACUGUGGGAAAACCAGACAAAGACACAACUCUUGAAAGUCCCGAAAGAGUUAAAGAUAAACCAAAAUCAUCCAGUCCAAACAUACUAGACAAGAACAGUAGAAAAGAAAGACCUUCAAGUCCUAAUAUACUAGACAAGAAUAGCAGAAAAGAAAGACCUUUAAGUCCUAAUAUACGGUCGUUAACUCCUCCCAAUACUCCGCCAAAGACUGACAAUAAAGUUCUUGAUGCACGUGAACUACUUAAUCGUAAAAAAGCCGCCAAGCAAGCAAACGCUAAAGCAAGGUCGAGAUCUCGAAGUAGAGAUAGGGACCGUAGUUUAUCACCAAUUAGGAAGCGGAAAGACGAAAGAGAAGCGAGAAACCAUCACCAAGACAGAGGCCAUAAGAGGGGGAGGGACGAUGACAAAGAAUCUUCAAAUCGGAGAUACCAAAGGGAAGAAGAUCGCGAUCAAAGAGGACGAGAUCGGGAUCUUCAUGCUAGAAGGAAGGACGACUGGCCUCGCAAAUUAGAAAGUGACAGAAUAGACCAAAAGAGUAAAGAACGUAGGAGGGAAUCAAGAAUUGAACCUCAGUCUAAAUUAAAUGAUAGGGCGUUUAAGGACAGAAAUGAUGAACUGCCGGCCAAGCGCAAACAUCUUGAAUCUCCCAAGAGGAAAAAUAUUGAGGAGGGGACACGACGUCCUGCUGUGGUGUCACGAGUCGUACCUCGUGUGAAAGAGCCAGAGGACGACACUGAGACAUCCGGGGGUGUACCUUCCGUUGUCAAGGUAACGCCUCGACCCAGGCGACUGCCCUCACAACAACCCAGUACCUCGCUUAUCUUGAGGGCCAUCUCAGAGGCCAACAAGAGCCUUGCUACGGCACCUCAGAGGCCAGAUAGUACACAGUUGGGAAGAAAGAAACCUGUUUUCACCCGUCUGCGUCGUCAACAACAGCGAAUCCCGCCUGAGAAAAUUGCCAUAGAGAUUACCAAUCCUCUGGCCAUACAGGCUGCUGGACCUUUGGAGACGAAAGAAGAUGAUGCUCGCUCAGUUUCACCCAUACCAAAAGACAAAUCCGGAAGAAAUAUGUCUCCACCUCCAGAGCUUUUAAACAAGGAUUUAAAUCUGUCUGAGCAAGAAGUUGCUACACAAAAUUCCUCGAGGAGUGAGAUUGAUGUGGAUGAGCCAAAACAGGUUGAACCAGAAGAGAUGACUGAAGAGGCUGAGGACGAAAUUGAUCUAGAACCAUCUCAAGAUCUCCUUCUUUCCGAUGAAGCAAUGGAUGAUACAUCUGAGCCUCAGUUUGUGGUGACUCUGAAUGGAUUUGACCCAGACGGUAUUUUCUCCCAGAGUGAGAUAGAAGAUGACGAGGAGCCUCUGUUGACCUCCACGCCAGACGAGGUAGAGUCUCCGAGGUCCAAAAGGGAGGUCAACGUCUCGUCUAACAUUGUUGGAACAGCUGCAGUCAAUCACAACAAUCUAAUCGAGGUAGAGAUAUUGAGAUCCAAGUCCGAGAAGUGCAAGUAUUGGCCUGCUUGUCGUCUGGGGGAUAAAUGCACUUACUAUCAUCCCACCAAGCCUUGCAACAUGUUCCCGAAUUGUAAGUUUGGUGAUGACUGUCUCUACAUCCAUCCUCAGUGUAAGUUCAACGCUUUGUGCACAAGGAAGGACUGUGUGUUUGCUCACACUAAUGCCCAAGCACCAGUGCAGCCAACAGUAGUAGCACCCAAAGCUAAGGCACUGUACGCUGCUAGUGCUCCUCCCUGUAAGUUCUUCCCUAACUGUACCAACAUACACUGCCAGUUCUCUCACCCAGCUAGGCCCUGCAGGUUCGGCCUUUACUGCACCAAGAAGGAUUGCCCCUUUCAACAUGGACAAGUAGCUCCGGUUGAUAAACUCAAGUGGACCAGAGUCACUUCAAGUUGAUCUUCCGUUUUCUGUUUGAUUGUGUUUGUGUUCAAAAUCUUGUGUUCCUUUACAUUAGUUUAAUGUAGCCCCUGUAUGAAAUACAUAUUUUGACUUCCUGUA